AGAAGCAGCACAACAACCACCCUUUAAAUCAACGAAAGAAAAGAGAGAGAGAGAGAGAGAGAGAGAGAGCGUUUAGAUCCACCGCCAUUACCGGAGCAUUCGAAGAUAGCCGGAGCUAUGGCGGCAUCGCUGGCAGAUCGGGCGACGAGCGAUCUCCUCAUCGGCCCUGAUUGGGCUAUGAACGUUGAGAUCUGUGAUAUUCUCAAUCACGAUCCUGGACAAGGAAAAGUGACUGCAAGAGUCCUGCGAAGGCGCAUCGGUAAUAAAAAUCCAAAGAUCCAGCUUCUUGCACUAACACUGUUGGAGACCAUAAUUAAAAAUUGCGGUGACAUAGUCCACAUGCAUAUUGCAGAGAGAGAUAUUCCACAUAAAAUGGCAAAAUUAGUGAAAAAGAAGCCUGAUUUUCGUGUCAAGGAGAAGAUUUUGGUACUAAUCGAUACUUGGCAAGAGGCAUUGGGAGGUCCCCACGGAAGGCACACACAAUUUUACUCCGCUUAUCAGGAGUUAUUGCGUUAUGGAGUGGUGUUUCCCAAGAGAACUGGAAGUUCUGCACCUGUGUUUUCUCCACAGGGACAGCCUCCCCCAUCUUAUCCUCAACCCCCUCAACACUCUGAUAAUCAACAGGAAGCAACAGUUUCUUCUGAUAGCUCAGAAUUGCCUGUCUUAAGCAUUGCAGAUAUUCAGAAUGCCCGGGGGAUCAUGGAUGUUCUUGCCGAAAUGUUGAACGCACUAGAUCCUAAAAAUAAAGAGGGACUUCAACAGGAAGUGAUUGUAGACCUUGUCGCUCAGUGUCGUACAUACAGACAAAGACUGGUACAUCUUGUGAAUAAGACUUCGGAUGAGGAACUUCUCUCGCAAGGACUAGCAUUAAAUGAUGAUCUACAGCAUGUACUAGGCAAGUAUGAUGCAAUUUCUUCAGGAAUUGCUGCUCAUGUUGAGAAGCCAAAAACUCUACAAGCUCUUGUGGACAUUGAUGAUGCGACAGUUACAAAUCAAGAUAAAAAUGCACUAGUCGAUACAAGCUCUUCUACAAACGCAAGCACAAGCAAUCAACCUCUUCUGGAACAGUUACUGCUGGGCGGGCCUUCUGAUCAUGAUCAUGCACCACUAGCACCCCCUUCAGCUCAAGCUGAUCCUUUUAUCGACCUACUCAGUGACGGAAAUUCAGGAGUGCCUCCGACUGAGAAUUCACUUGCUCUUGCUCCGGUCAAUGAGUCACUUGCUGAUUCUAUGCCUGAGCAGAAUGCUUUAGCUCUUUCAGAUGUUUUCUCUCAGAACGUUAGUAACACUAACAAUAGCAAUCCUGCAAAUGUCUUUGAUACAAAUUCAUCAUCCUCUGCACAGCAUCUUGCUCUUGUUCCCGUUACAUCUCCGUUUCAGCAACAGCAACAUCAAACAUCUCAGGCUAUGCUUUUCUCCAAUGGAGGUGCCCUGAAUCCAGGAACAUCUCCAUUCGAGCAAGCAGGUUACUCCCAAGGUACUCAAUGGAACCACUCAAAUACUCCCUGGCAUGAUCAAUCUUCUCAGGAGAUGAAUCCCCAGCAACAGGCUUACAACAACAUGUCAAAUGACCAAAAUGGAGACCUUCCACCACCACCCUGGGAAGUUCAAUCAGGAAUGGAUGACCAAAUAACCACCUCACCCCACCCACUCAAUGGUCAUGUGGGUGAUAUGCAUUCUGAAUCAUUGCCAAACGGCAUCCAUCAUCCCACAUUGAUACAGAACAAUCAGCCUGGUAGCAUCCACCCCUCAUUGAUGCAGAACAAUCAACCCGGGAAUGUCCAUCCUUCAUUGAUGCAGAACAACCAACCCGGGAGUAUUCAUCCUUCAUUUAUGCAGAACAGCCAACCUGGAGGUAUUCAUCCCUCAAUGAUGCCAAACGGCCAACCUAUCCAUCCUUCAUUAAUGCAGAACAACCAACCUGGAAGUAUCCAUCCGGCAUUGAUGCAGAACAAUCAACAUGGGAAUAUCCAUCCUUCAUUGAUGCAAAAUAGCCAAGCAGGAAAUAUCAACCCUCUUGGUGUUGGAGGUGCAUAUCCUCAACAAAUGCAAGCAGCUCAGUUCAGAGGUGCAUAUCUUCAACACAUGCAAGCACCUCAGCUUGGAGGAGCAUAUCCUCAAGCCAUGCAAAUUGCUCAGAUGGGAGGAGGCUAUGCAUAUAAUCAGCAACCUGAAGCUCAAUUUUACUAUCAGAGACCGACGUACCCACAUGUUAGCCAAACCGAUAUUUCUCAAGGAAUGUAUGGACUUUCCAUGCAGGAAAAUAGCACAUACACGAGCUCAAGCCUAUCUUCUUAUCAGAUGUCUGGUUCCAAACCUUCUUAUAUUCACCAGCCUAGCAAGCCUCCUUCCAAGCCUGAAGAUAAACUUUUCGGUGAUCUUGUGAGUCUUUGCCAAGAAUAAGCAGAAUAAGCCUACUGUAUAGAUUUGAGAGCUUGUAAAGUCGGUAUCCAGGCCUUCUUGUUUUUCUUUUUCUUUCUAUUUUUCUAGAAUUUAUUCUUUCUUUAUUGAUGAUCUGGCUUGAGUGUUCUAUUCUUUUUCA